AUGACAGACCAGAAAGUCAAAGUUGGAGCGAUGCAUGCAGCGCCAAUUUACAUGAAGAAGAUAGAGACAUUACAAAAGGUUGUUUCCUUGAUCGAAGAGGCAGGCAAACAGAAUGUGGAGCUGUUAGUUUUCCCUGAAGUUUUCGUCCCAGGAUUUCCCUACUUCCUCAACUCAUACGCGCCACCAGCACAGGUAUCAGCAAUCAUAGAGUAUGGACGGCAAUCGGUAGUGGUCAGUGCCUCGGGAGGAGAUCUCGCGGGAGUGAGAGAGGUUUGCAAAGCAGCAAAAGUGGGAAUAGUGCUUGGGGUCUCCCAGAGAGUCAAAGGAGGCCAUCAGCUCUUUAACUCAUUGGUAUUCAUAGACUCGGCUGGAACCUUAUUGGGCACCCAUAGAAAGCUGCAACCAACUUAUGCCGAACGCUACAUAUGGUCUCAAGGCUCGGGGCACACGUUACGGACUUAUGGAUUCGACCGUAGUGAGAGCGAGGGCUUCACCGUGGGAGGCUUGUGCUGUUGGGAGAACACGAUGAAUCUGGCCCGCCAGUCGCUCAUUGAAUCCGGGCACCAAAUCCUCGCAGCAGCAUGGCCAGCACUGUCCACAACUGAAGGCUUCGAGGCCGUCGCAGACAUCCAGAUCGAAGCGCUAGCCAAGAACCACGCACUAACAGCUCAAGUCUUUGUCAUCUGCGCAUCCAACUACGUAGAUGAGGCGUGUUUGGAAUGGCUGGAUAAGAACAUAGGGCCGCAAACACAUCUCGAGGUUGGAGGAGGCUGGUCAGCUAUAGUGCAUCCGUUUUGCAAGUUGAUCGCGGGGCCUGUGAGGGGGAAGGAAGGGGGCGAUCAAAUCGUCACUUCGGAGGUGAAUUUGAACGAUUUGGAUUUGGUCAAGGUUUAUAUUGAUGCAAAUGGACAUUUUAAGAGACCUGAAAUCUUGAAGAUGCAGAAAGAUUCGAAGCCGUUGUGGGAGGAUGAUGAGAUUGCAGCUACUCCGGCUUUAAAGUAG